GGGGGCGAGCGGUGGCGGUGGCGCGGAGGGAAGGAGGCGGAGGAAGGAGCAGGAGGAAGACGACGACAGACAGCGGCGGCAGAAGCAGCAGCAGCGGUAGCAGCAGCAGCAGGAGACACUGAGCACUGACCUGUGUGGACGGUGUUUCGUGCCCCGUCUUUGCCGGAGGAGCCUCUCACCCGCGCCCCGGGCACGGAGCCGACACACCGACCGACCAACCGACCGACCGCCGGCGCAGACAUGUCGGAUAAGGAGCCCAAGCAGCAAUCGACCACGGAGCGCACCGUCAAAUCUGUGCCCUUCCCUCCGAGCCACCGACUGACCAUCAAGGAGGUGUUUGACCAUGAUGGGAAACCGCGGGUGGACGUCCUCAAGGCUCACCUCACCAAGGAAGGUCGGGUGGAGGAGACCGUCGCCAUGCGCAUCAUCACCGAAGGAGCAUCCAUCCUGCGACAAGAGAAGACCAUGCUCGACAUCGAAGCACCAGUCACGGUUUGUGGCGAUAUCCAUGGGCAGUUCUUCGAUUUGAUGAAGCUGUUUGAGGUUGGUGGAUCUCCAGCAUCUACUCGCUACCUCUUCCUGGGCGACUACGUGGACAGAGGCUACUUCAGCAUUGAAUGUGUGUUAUACCUCUGGGCCUUGAAAAUCCUGUAUCCAAAAACAUUGUUUCUCCUUCGCGGGAAUCACGAGUGUCGGCAUUUGACGGAGUAUUUCACCUUUAAGCAGGAAUGUAAAAUUAAAUAUUCGGAGCGAAUAUACGAUGCGUGCAUGGAUGCUUUUGAUUGCCUGCCUUUGGCUGCUCUCAUGAACCAGCAGUUCCUGUGUGUACACGGUGGCCUCUCCCCAGAAGUCAACAACUUAGAUGACAUCAAGAAGUUAGAUCGAUUCAAAGAGCCCCCUGCUUACGGACCCAUGUGUGACUUGUUGUGGUCGGACCCACUAGAAGACUUUGGCAACGAAAAGACACAGGAGCACUUUACUCACAACACAGUCCGAGGCUGUUCUUACUUUUACAGUUAUCCUGCCGUGUGCGAUUUCCUACAGCACAAUAAUUUAUUAUCAGUAAUCCGAGCUCACGAGGCACAGGAUGCUGGGUAUCGAAUGUACAGGAAGAGCCAGACAACAGGCUUCCCCUCACUAAUCACCAUCUUCUCGGCUCCCAACUACCUGGAUGUCUACAACAACAAAGCUGCGGUUCUGAAGUAUGAAAAUAACGUGAUGAACAUCAGACAGUUCAACUGCUCCCCACACCCGUACUGGCUGCCCAACUUCAUGGAUGUCUUCACCUGGUCCCUGCCCUUCGUGGGGGAGAAAGUGACUGAGAUGUUGGUCAACGUGCUGAGUAUCUGCUCUGAUGAUGAACUGAUGACCGAAGGGGAAGACGGCUUUGAUGUUGCCUCUGCAGCUGCCCGUAAAGAGGUGAUCAGGAACAAGAUUCGAGCGAUUGGCAAGAUGGCCAAGAUGUUUUCUGUCCUCCGAGAGGAGAGUGAGAGCGUGCUGACGCUGAAGGGGCUGACCCCGACAGGCAUGCUGCCCAGCGGAGUGCUCGCUGGAGGCAAACAAACCCUUCAAAGUGCGACUGUUGAGGCUAUAGAGGCUGACGAAGCCAUCCGCGGCUUUUCGCCGCAGCACAAGAUCAGCAGUUUUGCCGAGGCCAAGGGGCUGGACCGCAUCAACGAGCGGAUGCCCCCGCGGCGGGAAGGGCUCGGCGGAGGCGACGUUGGCGUUGGCGGCGGCUUCAACAAGGCGGUCUCCUCUGAGACCAACGGCACGGAAAGCGGCAACAUCCAGUGACCCCUUCACACGUCCCAGUUCCAAGGCAUGGUUGUAUCAUUGUCCCGGGCGCUGUGACCCUGAUUACUGCUGCAUGCACGGGGGAAGCAGGGUGUGACGAUGCCAGUGGCGGCGGGCGAUGGAAAUUGUAUUGUGAUUGUUGAAAGUUAAGUUACCUCAGAUGGGAUAUGCCUUUGAUGCUUCUAGACAAGCUGGCUAACUAUAACACAUUAGAUGAAUCAAACCGUUUUCCUCUUGCGUUGAGGAAGACUCGCAGAUCUGUUUUGAAAAGGUGUUUAAUCUUCUGGAGAUGGGAUCUCUGUAUCGCAGCCCUUCAACCUUCUAGCGUCCGUUUACGAUUGCAGAAUUAAAAUGUUUGACAUAUUUAAAAAGAAACAAUUAAAAAACAUGAGGUUGUACAAACUAAAUAAUAAUAGCUGAUUUGAAAAUGUCGACUAUUUAUUAACAUUUUUUUUUGUUGCUACUCUUAUGAGAGUUUGAAAGAAAUUAGGCAGUCUUAAAAUAAAAUGUAAAAGCUGCAAAAUCAUUUAAAAUGCCAAAAAUCUGGUUUGGUUUUGUACAGAUUCUGCUUAUCUCAGGUUUAUUUAGUGUGGAUGUACCAGUUUAUCUAUGUACUUAGCUUAUCCACUUGGUAGGAGAUAGCCUUUUCCAAAAAUGAAACUGGAACUUAAUUUAUAACCUUUCCCAUUGAUCAUGCUCUUCAAUUUCAUUUGCAUUGAGAUAUUUGUCGCUUGCUGGAACUGUAUAUUAAUGAGUGGCGCAUACAUUUUUAAAGUUUUAUUUUAACAAACUAUGAAGAACACACACCAUAUAAAAGGCAACUGUAGUCUGUAAAACUGUUCUAUGCAUGUUUUUCUCCCCCCCAUUUAUUGCUGUAUUGUCCCAGUAUGGGACUGUGACGUGCUUGUUGAUGCCCUCUACUGGAAAUGUAAUGUAUACUUGCAUACUUUAUAUUCACUGUAUGAAAAUGCUUAAUGCCUUUUGAAAUUUUGUAAUUAAAAAAAAAAAGAAAUCUUGAACUUACUGAGAGGGAGGAGGGUGGUAGCUUUUGGACAUUUUUUUUGAGUACUGAUGAGCAAGUGCACAUUUAGCAUGUUUAGCCAGCAUUGUGAAAACAUUUUUUUUAAACUCCGUGUGCAGGGUACAUGUGCAACUCUAGAUGCAUGAAAGCAGUCGUAAUGCCCAUAUGGUAAUGUCCAGUUAUUUUCUGUACUCCACGCACACAAUAAAAAAGGUUUAGCGCAAUCUCACCUUCUGCUGUGCAAUCAGUACGGGUUUGAAAAAUUGGUCAUAAACUGGUCCACAUUGGGUAACCACCCCAUUCACUUUGUUUUUUAAAUGACAAUAAAUGUGCCCGAGUAAUUCACUACAACCUUGAAUGCCUUUCCUUUGUAAUUUGACCUCGGAAAUGUCAGCAACUUAAGCAUGCACUUGUAACGAUGAGGAAGUAUUUUAUAUAACUAUUUGAAUAAAACAUGCAUGAACGUA